GGUUGCGAUGUAGAUAUAUUAAAUAACUGGAAUAGAACAUAUUUUCCUGUCUGCACUUUGCAAAUUGGUCAGAAGUUAUCAGGAAAAUGCGGUAACUUACUUGUAACCCGGUAGCCUAGAACAUUGCACUCUUUUUACGCUAUGGCUAUAAAAAGAAGCUGCAAGUGGGUCAGUCGUCAGAGCACCGAAGCGAAAGCGGUAAAGUAGCCAGCAGCAGUUAGUUAUCCUUUUGCGCUGCCCAAAACAUUCGAUGAAUCUGUCAAGUCUUUUCCUUUUGGCCCUCGUGGCAUCUGUCGCUAUCAGCGCCGGAUCUGCCCGCAGAAUCAACAGGCCAAAACCAGAAUCUCCAAGGCCGUGCCAGGACACAACCACAAGGCCUCCCUGUGAAACGACCACUCCACGCUGCGAGGAGGUUACCACGACAACAACAACAACAACAACGUGUGCCCCAACAACGACCACUGAGGCUCCAGAACCAACGACUACCGAACCAACGACUCCCAAACCAACGACUCCCAAACCAACGACUCCCAAACCAACGACUCCCGAACUAACGUCUCCCGAACCAACGACUCCCGAACCAACGACUCCCGAACCAACGACUCCAGAACCAACGACUCCAGAACCAUCGACUCCUUCCCAACAGCCACCCUGUGAGCCAACUACUCCCGAAGCAACGACUCCCGAACCAACGACUCCCGAACCAACGACUCCAGAACCAACGACUCCAGAACCAUCGACUCCUUCCCAACAGCCACCCUGUGAGCCAACUACUCCCGAAACAACGACUCCCGAACCAACGACUCCCGAACCAACGACUCCCGAACCAACGACUCCCGAACCAACGACUCCCGAACCAACGACUCCCAAGCCAACGACUCCCGAACCAACGACUCCCGAACCAACGACUCCCGAACCAACGACUCCCGAACCAACGACUCCAGAACCAACGACUCCAGAACCAACGACUCCAGAACCAUCGACUCCUUCCCAACAGCCACCCUGUGAGCCAACUACUCCCGAAACAACGACUCCCGAACCAACGACUCCCAAACCAACGACUCCCGAACUAACGACUCCCGAACUAACGACUCCCGAACCAACGACUCCCGAACCAACGACUCCCGAACCAACGACUCCCGAACCAACGACUCCCGAACCAACGACUCCCAAGCCAACGACUCCCGAACCAACGACUCCCGAACCAACGACUCCCGAACCAACGACUCCCGAACCAACGACUCCAGAACCAACGACUCCAGAACCAACGACUCCAGAACCAACGACUCCAGAACCAACGACUCCAGAACCAACGACUCCAGAACCAUCGACUCCUUCCCAACAGCCACCCUGUGAGCCAACUACUCCCGAAACAACGACUCCCGAACCAACGACUCCCAAACCAACGACUCCAGAACCAACGACUCCCGAACCAACGACUCCCGAACCAACGACUCCCGAACCAACGACUCCAGAACCAACGACUCCCGAACCAACGACUCCUUCCCAACAGCCACCCUGUGAGCCAACGACUCCCGAACCAACGACUCCCGAACCAACGACUCCAGAACCAUCGACUCCAGAACCAACGACUCCAGAACCAUCGACUCCUUCCCAACAGCCACCCUGUGAGCCAACGACUCCCAAACCAACGACUCCCGAACUAACGACUCCCGAACCAACGACUCCCGAACCAACGACUCCAGAACCAUCGACUCCAGAACCAACGACUCCAGAACCAUCGACUCCAGAACCAUCGACUCCAGAACCAACGACUCCAGAACCAUCGACUCCUUCCCAACAGCCACCCUGUGAGCCAACGACUCCCAAACCAACGACUCCCGAACUAACGACUCCCGAACCAACGACUCCAGAACCAACGACUCCCGAACCAACGACUCCCAAACCAACGACUCCCAAACCAACGACUCCCAAACCAACGACUCCCAAACCAACGACUCCCAAACCAACGACUCCCGAACCAACGACUCCAGAACCAACGACUCCUUCUCAACAGCCACCCUGUGAGCCAACGACUCCCGAAUCAACUACACCUAAAUCGACGACCCCCAAACCAACGACUCCCAAACCAACGACUCCCAAACUAACGACUCCCAAACUAACGACUCCCAAACCAACGACUCGCAAACCAACGACUCCCAAACCAACGACUACCAAACCGACUCCCGAAUCCACGACAGCACCUUGUGAAAUCACGACUCCAACCACAACGGCCGCUCCCUGUAAGAGUACAACCACCCCACCUCCACCCCCACCUCCCUGCAAUCCCACUACAACUUCUGCUCCACCUUGCGAGGAGACAACCACACCGGCCUGCGGUUCUGCCGACAAACAGCGUGAUGAAGGUGUUGUGGGUGAGCUGAACCCCAAGCCAGAUAGGGAUCUCCUUGCUGAUGCCAGCAGCACCACAAAAGCUAACAUCCCGAUCGGAACCAGUGCCAUGUGCGUUGGCCGCGCGGAGGGUAGUAUUGUCCAGGAUCCGAACCAUUGCAGGAGGUAUUAUGAGUGCCGCGCCGGUCGCCGCCUGCUCCGCAAGUGUCGUCCCGGACUCUGGUACGAUUCGGAGGCUGCAGAGUGCCUUCCUCGCAGCGAGGUUCUGAACUGCCCUGCCCAGCGCAACUGAUGCACUUAGCCACCUUGACUCAACUGGAAUGAGGCCAGAGCUUGUAUUGCAACUUGUAUCCGUAACCAACAGUAACCACCUACUCAAUAAACAGCAUAAAAAUCACAA